AUGUUAGGUAAGAAGGAGCCUGACGGAAUUGUACUCGAUGCAUUGUUCAGUAUGAAAAUCGGCGCAAAAAUGUUAAAACACAAACGAAAUGGAAAAAUAUAUCCACGACAGUUUUAUUUAUACAACAGCGAAGAUGUAAUAUCUUAUCACAAUACGAAAAAGUUAUUUAAAAAACCAACAAGCUACUUCAUCAAAGAAAUAGAUGAAAUUCGUGACGGUCUUCGAAGCAAUACAUUUCAGCGCUUCCUGAAACGAAAGACUAUUAGACAGAAGGAUGAAACUUGCGCAUUUACAAUAAUGUAUGAUAAUCAUCAAAAAGAGCUACAUCUUACGGCACCAGAUCAACGAAUACGAGAUUUAUGGAUUACAGGUUUAAAACAUUUAAUCGAACGCUAUUCGGAUAGUGGUCAAAGAAAUUUUAUCAGCAGCGAUUCUUCAAGUAAUGCAGAUGAUAAAAUGCUAUCUGAUGAAUCAAUGAGAAUGAAUAUUGAUGAAUUAAAGACGUUUUUGAAACAUGCUCAACAUCAACACGAUAUAACGAGCGAUCGUGCAGCAAAGAUGAUCGAACAGUAUGAAAUGAAUCCGGAAUUGAGAAAUCAACAUUUAUUAGACAUUGAUGGUUUUCGAAACUUAAUGUCGAGUGAAGAAUUUGAUUUAAUGAAACCGUUGUGUGCACAUCGACCAUAUCAAGAUAUGACGAAACCAUUGACACAUUAUAACAUAAAUACGUCUCAUAAUACAUAUUUAUUUCAAAGCCAAGUUAUUGGUGCCAGCAACGCUGAAGCAUAUAGCCGCGUUCUAUUAAAAGGUGGACGGGCUGUUGAGCUUGACUGCUAUGAUGGUCCUGAUGGGAAACCGAUUGUUAAACAUGCUUGGACCUUAGUUAGCCCGUGUUUGUUUGAAACAAUUAUCCAUAUAAUAAAAUUAAAUUGUUGGAAAGCAUCCGAGUAUCCAGUGAUACUAAAUAUCGAGAAUCAUUGCUCAAUUCCACAGCAAAAGGAAAUGGCACGCGUUCUAAAUGCCGUACUGGGAGAACACCUUCUAACAGAAGCGUUACCAACUACGAAUCCAUCUGUGUUACCAUCGCCAGAAGCUUUAAAAAAGAAAGUUUUAAUACGAAGCAGAAAAAUAUCACGACCUACGAAAUCAACACAAACGCUGCAACAAGAAGAUGAAGAUGAUUCGCCAACUAAUCCAUUGAGCGAAGUGAUGCAUCCUGAUUUUGCACAACUUCUGAUAUAUCUGCAAAAUGUCCCAUUUCGUGGCCUUGAAUAUGCCCGUGCUAACUAUUCAUGUUGCCAGACAUCAUCAUUGGGUGAAAGUAAAUUUGACGAUGAAGUUGAAAAGGAUCCAUUGGGUUUUAUCAAGCAGACACAAUAUCGAAUCAUAAGGACGUAUCCAGGCGGGAUACGCCAAGAUUCAAGCUCGCACGAACAUUUAAAUCCAAGAACCUAUUCUUCUAGUAUAAUUUAUAUCUAG